AUGGCAGAAGGUGUUUUUCCAAUUGAAAAGAUUACCGAAACAUUACUUAGUGGAUCUUUACUUACUCUAAGCGACGUUAAUAGAAAAAUCGCUAUUACUAUCAAAAAUCAUUCACCAGAAACUCUUGAUCAACCUGAUCUAUACUUUUCCUCUGGAACGUCUGAUUAUGGGCUUCCCACUCCGAUCCCAAGUGGUAAAGGUUUGGUUUGGGGUGCUCGUAAGAUUUCUGGGCCUUAUUUUACAGGAACUGUAGGAGUUAUUGUCUACCAAAUCAAAAAUCAAAAUAAAUCUUUGGCCUUUGCGUGGAGUAUCCCAUUCAACUACAUAAUUUACUCAAAUUGGUGGGCCAUUCAAGUUUAUGAUGGUUAUAUUACGCCUAAUAGCGAUUUAUUCGACGAUAUGUCCAAAAAUGUAACUAAUAAUAAAGGAGACAGUAGAAAUCACCAAGGAUCCAUGAAUUUUGGAUGGCGUUACGAGGGAUCAGUGGGAGACUCUGGAACACCUUUUGCUAUUAUUGAUAUUUAUAAAGAUUGA